CCACCAGACAACACCAGGUGAGAGCAGCUCCUACACCAGCCAACCUCACUCCUUCCUAAUCCUACACUCUCAAGCUCCGUUACACAGGUGUAACAAGCCCACACAAGUGAUCAGUGUCACAUAGUUGCACUUGCAGUGAGGCGACGACAACUGAAACAGCAGAAUUAUUGCAGGCAAAAAUGGUGAAGGUAAGGGUGUGGGCGGUGCAGGUGGUGAUGGUGGUGUGUGGGGUGGUGGUGGUGGGGAACGAGGCCCAUCAACACCUGCACCAACAACCCCAACAACAGCAAGAGAAGCAACAACAACAUGAGCAACAUGAAGGGAAGCAACAACGUCUGCCCAACAUUGUGAUCCUCGUUGCUGAUGAUAUGGGCAUCGGGGACUUGGGUUGCUAUGGCAACACCACCAUCAACACUCCAAACAUUGACAGACUAGCUGAAGAAGGCGUGCGACUAACCCACCACGUGGCAGCCUCAUCCAUGUGCACCCCGAGCCGUGCUGCCCUCCUCACAGCUCGCUAUCCUGCACGCUAUGGUCUUGUGGGAGAAAAGGGCACACCCGCUGUCAUCGUUCAUCUUGCCAGUAAAGUUGGACUCCCCCUGGAUGAAGUGACGCUCGCCACUGCCUUGAGUGCUGCUAACUACACCACUGCUGCAGUAGGUAAAUGGCACCUCGGUCAGAGAUGUGACUUGCUGGGGCGAGAGUGUCGUGGGCCACACCUGCACGGCUUCCAGUCUUUCUAUGGGAUUGCCCUCUCCCUUAUAAAUGAGAUGGCAGGUGCUCAACCCUUCUGGAUCUUCUCUUUAAAAGACCCUUUCUAUCAGAUGCUGGUGUCAUUGUGGGUGGUGAGUACACUGACGCUGUGGUGGCUGAGGUGCCGACGCAGUGUGGUCAUCUUGUGCCUGUUUCUGGUGACGCUCGCACUAGCUGCUGCCUGGUUCUUCCACACACACUACCGCUUUCAUACCAAACAAUGGUGGCAGGUGUCACCAUGGAUGAAUAAAUACAUGAACGGUGUGCUGAUGCAUGACACAAAAGUUGUGGAGCAGCCGCUGGUGCUGGAAGGCCUUUCUCAGCGUCUUGUGAGCCACUCGGUCAAGUUUAUUGCUGACCAUGCACAAGAACAACGGCCAUUUUUCCUUUACCACUCCUUCGGUCAUGUUCACACACCGAUGUUCACAGCAUCUCAUAUGGCUGGACGCAGCAAACAUGGAAGAUAUGGUGACAAUGUUGAAGAAAUGGAUGCUGGCGUGGGAGACAUUUUGGACGCCCUCAAACAACACGACUUGGAUGAAAACACUAUAGUUUACUUCCUGUCGGACCAUGGUGGACACCUCGAAGCUAUAGAUGAUGCUGGCCAGCGUGUUGGAGGCUACAAUGGCCACUUCAAGGGUGGCAAGGGCAUGGGAGGUGCCGAGGGUGGAAUACGUGUGCCAGGAAUCUACCGAUGGUCAGGACACCUUCCUGCUGGGGUCACUGUGGAUGCUCCGACCUCCCUGCUUGACACGAUGCCCACGCUUCUCGACCUGGCUGGCCUCCCAUCUUUGCCCAAACUUCUGCCUCACCUGCCUCCCAGGGACCUGGAUGGAGUAAGCAUUGCAAAAUUGUUAACCAGCGGAGAGUUUCCGCCCUCCCGCUCCUUGCUGCACCACUGUGGUCGUGACAUACAUGCUGUCAGGAUUAUUCAAGAAAAUUUGGCCUACAAACUGCAGCUGGUGGGAUACAAGUGGAAGCCUGGCAGUACCCAGUGUGGCUGGGGCGUCAACAAAUUUUGCUCAUGUUUUGAUGUAGAAGACUAUGGCUAUGAACCUCAACUUUUCAACCUCAGAGACGACCCAUAUGAGGAUAAUCCCAUUCCUACUAACAGUACUCAGUAUAUGCAGGUGACUAUGGUACUGAAGCAGUUCUUGGCUGAGUGGAAAGUGCGUGUACCCUACCCACCUUCACAGUUUAAAAAUGUUACUAACACUAUGCUCUCCCUUUGGCUUCAACCAUUCCGUUCAUUUUGGUAAUGUUUAGGUAAGAGGUGCAUAUAAUAUGUGUUAAAAAAUGUUGUUAAUUGAGACCAAAUAUGUGGGUAUAUACUGUAUGUGCCUUACAUUCUGUACCUUUUUCUUGUACAGUAUAGUGUUAUUCCUAGGACUUAAUUCAUUAUUUUGUUUAGUGCGAAAUAUACUGUUGGAGGA